AUGGAAGAGGAGCUGAAGUGCCCGGUGUGCGGCUCGCUGUUCCGGGAGCCCAUCAUCCUGCCCUGCUCGCACAAUGUCUGCCUGCCCUGCGCCCGCACCAUCGCCGUGCAGACCCCGGAGAGCGAGCAGCACCUGCCGCCCCUGCUCCACUCUCGGGGCCCCGCGCCGCCCGCCGCCGCGCCGGGAGCGGGGCCGGGAGCGGGGCCGGGAGCGGGGCCGGGAGCGGGCGCGGGCUCCGCCGCCUGCCUGGACUCGGAGAGCACGGCGGGCGGCGGCGGCGGGGACCACGCGGACAAGCUGAGCCUGCACAGCGAGACCGACAGCGGCUACGGCUCCUACACCCCCAGCCUGAAGUCCCCCAAUGGCGUGCGGGUGCUGCCGCUGGUGCCCGCGCCCCCGGGGGCGGCGGCGGCUCCGCGGGGCGCCGGCCCCGCCAGCUCCUCCCUCACCUGCCCGCAGUGCCACCGGAGCGCAUCCCUGGACCAUCGCGGGCUCCGCGGCUUCCAGCGCAACCGGCUGCUGGAGGCCAUCGUGCAGCGCUACCAGCAGGGCCGCGCCGCCGCCGCCCCCGCCGCCAAGUGCCAGCUGUGCGACCGCAGCCCGCCCGAGCCGGCCGCCGUGCUGUGCGAGCAGUGCGAGGUGCUGUACUGCGCCGCAUGCCAGCUCCGCUGCCACCCGGCCCGCGGGCCCUUCGCCAAGCACCGCCUGGCCCCGCCGCCCGCACACCCGGGCGCCCCCGGCGGCGGCCCGGACGGCGGCGGCGGGAAGGGGGCGGGCGGCGGCCGCAAGCUGCCGACGUGCGCCGAGCACGACCUGGAGAACUACAGCAUGUACUGCGUGAGCUGCCGCAGCCCCGUCUGCUACCAGUGCUUGGAGGAGGGCAAGCACAGCAAGCACGACGUGAAGGCCCUGGGAGCCAUGUGGAAGCAGCACAAGGCACAGCUGUCUCAGGCUUUAAAUGGCGUUUCAGAUAAAGCAAAAGAAGCUAAAGAGUUUUUGGUUCAGCUGAAAAAUUUAUUGCAGCAGAUCCAGGAGAACGGGCUGGAUUACGAAGCCUGUCUUGUGGCUCAGUGUGAUGCCUUGGUUGACGCGUUAACACGGCAAAAGGCAAAACUGCUCACAAAGGUCACCAAGGAACGGGAGCACAAGCUGAAGGUUGUUUGGGACCAGAUAAAUCACUGUACACUGAAGCUACGCCAGUCAACAGGACUUAUGGAAUACUGCCUAGAAGUUAUCAAGGAAAAUGAUCCCUCUGGGUUUUUACAGAUUUCGGAUGCUUUAAUCAAGCGUGUUCAGGUAUCUCAGGAACAGUGGGUCAAGGGAGCCUUGGAGCCAAAAGUAUCUGCUGAGUUUGACUUGACUCUGGAUAGUGAACCUUUACUGCAGUCAAUUCACCAGCUGGAUUUUAUUCAGAUGAAAUGUAGGGUGCCACCUGUCCCAUUACUGCAGCUGGAGAAGUGUUGCACCAGGAACAACAGUGUGACAUUGGCCUGGAGGAUGCCACCUUUGAGCCACAACCCAGUGGAGGGUUAUAUCUUGGAACUUGAUGAUGGAGAUGGUGGCCAAUUCCGAGAGGUAUAUGUUGGCAAGGAGACUCUCUGCACCAUCGACGGCCUUCAUUUCAACAGCACUUACAAUGCCAGAGUCAAAGCUUUCAACUCCUCGGGCAUUGGUCCUUACAGCAAGACAGUCAUUUUACAGACAUCGGAUGUGGCAUGGUUCACCUUUGACCCCUCCUCAGCUCACAGAGACAUAGUGCUGUCAAAUGACAACCAGACUGCCACCUGCAACAGCUACGAUGACCGGGUGGUCCUGGGCACCGCAGCCUUCUCCAAGGGCGUGCAUUACUGGGAACUGCACGUGGACCGCUACGACAACCACCCGGACCCAGCCUUUGGCAUUGCCAGGAUUAACGUGGUCAAGGACAUGAUGCUGGGCAAGGAUGACAAGGCGUGGGCCAUGUAUGUGGACAACAACCGCAGCUGGUUCAUGCACUGCAAUUCCCACACCAAUCGGACCGAAGGAGGAGUUUCUAAAGGUGCCACCGUUGGUGUUCUCCUGGAUCUGAACAAGCACAACCUGACCUUUUACAUAAAUGGGCAGCAGCAGGGGCCUCCAGCAUUUGAGAACAUCGAGGGCGUCUUCAUGCCCGCAUUGAGCCUCAAUCGAAACGUCCAGGUGACCCUGCACACAGGACUGGAGGUACCACAAUCUGUAAAACAGCCCAAGUUGCCCAACAACUAG